CCUACUUCGCUUAUUUGAUAAUAACCGAUAUGUGAGAUUCAACAACUUGAAAUUUAACAAUCGAUCCAGUGAUAGAGGAAUCUUGAACACAAAUGCACUACUAUGUUUACGCGUAAAAUUCAUUAGGCUGUCCUUGCAACGGAUAGACGUAAUAUCCUUGAUUACAAGUUUCCUUAUUGUUUCCAAUCAUGAAUUUCGACGAUAGUUCGAGUAGUGGCUACGUAACCACCGAAACGAUCUACGGCACACACGAAGAUUCUCAUGUAGUGAUGUCGGAAAAGGUACAGACGCUGGCGGGGAGUAUCUACCAAGAGUUCGAACGAAUGAUAGCUCGUUAUGACGAGGAUGUUGUGAAGACACUGAUGCCUUUGCUGGUGAAUGUCCUGGAGUGCCUGGACUCAGCAUACCAGACCAACCAGGAGCACGAAGUGGAAUUGGAGUUGCUCCGAGAAGACAAUGAGCAGUUGGUGACCCAGUAUGAACGUGAGAAGGCAGCCAGGAAGCAUGCUGAACAGAAGCUUUUGGAAGCAGAAGAUCAUUACGAGGGCGAGCGGAAAGACCUGACUGGUCGCCUGGAAGCUUUGGACAGCAUUGUCAGGAUGUUAGAACUAAAACACAAGAACUCACUUGACCACGCUAGCAGGCUGGAGGAGCGGGAAAAUGAAUUAAAGAAGGAAUAUGCGAAACUCCACGAUCGCUAUACGGAGCUUUUCAAGACUCACAUGGACUAUAUGGAGCGUACGAAGUUGUUGAUGAGCACCGCAAGCGAUCGUAGCGAGGUUCGAGGACGAUUAGGGCUCAACCCUGUCGGAAGAUCCAGCGGUCCGAUAUCGUUCGGGUUCGCUUCUCUGGAAAGUUCUGUGCACGUAGUAGAGCAGAGCGAGAGUAUGCCAGGUAGCCCCGUGAGUUUGUCGUCGUCACCGCCUUCGCCGCCUAUUGGCUCCGAGCUCGCUGCAGUAAGAACGGUCGAGCGUGCUCACCAGACAGACCCUAUUACGCAACAAAGUCAGGCUACAUCUCCGGUGGCACCGCUUAACUCCGGCAAGUCGCAGACUAAGAGCGAAAAGCGUUCCGGAAACACGCUAUAUCAGGAGCUGUCCUUCCACGACACCGACGCCAGUAUGGUAGAAGGCGAUGAAGGGGCCGAUAUUACAGGAAGCUGGGUGCAUCCGGGCGAAUAUGCGUCGUCAGUUAACGAUAACUAUUUCGGCAUGGGGAAAGAAGUUGAGAAUCUUAUCUUAGAAAAUAACGAGUUGUUAGCUACGAAGAACGCUUUGAACGUGGUCAAGGAUGAUCUGAUAGUGAAAGUAGAUGAAUUGACCGGAGAGCAAGAGAUUCUCCGUGAAGAGGUGUCCAAUCUUAGCGCCGCUAGGGAGAAAUUGCGGGAGAGAGUUACCCAACUCGAGGAGGAACUGCGUCAUCUCAAGGAGACUAUGGCGAAUAAUGUCGGCGGUGGUGAGAAUGAGGACGAAGCAGACGUGCCGAUGGCGCAGCGAAGGCGGUUCACGCGCGUCGAGAUGGCCCGCGUGCUUAUGGAGCGUAACCAAUACAAGGAGCGAUUCAUGGAGCUGCAAGACGCUGUGCGCUGGACCGAGAUGGUGCGCGCGAGUCGGGUCGAUUCCACCAUGGAUAAGAAGAACAAACAAAGCAUAUGGAAGUUUUUUAGUAAUCUCUUUAGCACAGGGGACCGACCGCAGCGGCCGUUGUCGACGCCGCAUCUGCGCGCAGUGGCGGCGCCACAGCCGACUAUGCGGCAUUCGCGUACACAGGCGGACUUCCUCGAAACGCAGUUGUCCGACCACCAUCACCGGCGACAGGAACGCAGUGAACAGUUUCGACAGGUGAGAGCACACGUCCGCAAAGAGGAUGGUCGCACGCAGGCUUAUGGCUGGAGCCUUCCUGGCAAAAGUCAGCAAGGUCAGAAGGGACCCAGUACCUCGCUCUCUUCGGGUGGAGUCCCUGUACCCGUUCCUGUAUUCUGCAGACCCAUAGCAGAAAGCGAACCUCGUAUGACCCUAUUGUGUGCGGCGGGGGUGAAUCUGAAUGGGGGUCGCACGCCUGACGGAGGCUGUAUGAUUGGCGAGAGCGUCUUCUACGCCAAGGAUGAUGACAAGGCUGAAAAUACUCUUUGCUUGGCAUAUGAAAUGAGCAAGGCGCAAUCGGUACACUCUCCGGAGGUGGAGCAGAUCAACCGACAGUUGCACUCCACGCACAGUGUCGAGCGUUCCGAGAAAAACCUCUCCUCCCUCGUCUGGAUAUGCUCCAGUACACAGACCAAAGGAGUUGUCAUGAUAAUCGACGCGAACAACCCAGCGGAAGUAAUAGAGUCGUUCCCGGUAAGCGACAAGCACAUUCUAUGCGUCGCGUCUGUACCGGGUGCUGUGCAAGAAGAUUACAGGGAGUACGAAGAACGCAUGUCAGGCGAAACUGAAACUAAGCGGUUUUCUCAAUCAUUGUUCUGUGUGGGCAAGACUGAUUCAUCGGAGAGUCAGAGCAACGGCAUGGCUGGCUCCACAAACGGCGCUGACUCUGAUAAAGAAGUUAUCAUUGGAAGCACGCGACUAGUGCAAGCUACACUCCUCACGCCACCUAGUACGCCGGUCCGUGAGCCAGAGCCGCCGGCUUCCAGCGACACGCCCAAGGAAUCUACUGUCAAAAACGUCGAAGAGGUUGACACUACUGCACCUGAGAGUCCACCGCUGAGUUCUACGCCUAUAAAUGGUCACACACAAGAGGAUAAUACUAACAUUAUUUUGUGGCCAAUAUUUGGUUCGAAAACAGACACCGCACAACACCAACAAUCGGGAUGGAAACUUAGCCCUCAUGAUGUUCAAGCAAUUUGCCCUGUCUACUAGGUAAAAAAGGUCAUUGAACUGUCGACAUCAAGAAGAUGCUCACUUCAACAACUAUUCAUCACGACUCGGG